AUGGCGACUGCCGGUGAAGACGACGAUGAGGAUGGGUAUUCUCUUAAAGAGGAAAUAGAGAUGCUAGAAGCCAUUUAUAUCCACGAACUAACAAUAAAAGGACGGAAAGAUAGACCUUCCAGUAUUAGUCUGUUACUUCACCCAAGUACUGGUGAAGAAGAUGACAAGAAAUAUGUUUGCUUAACACUUGAGAUUAUCCUUACGAAUGAGUACCCAAAUGAACUGCCUUCCAUUAAGAUUAGGAAUCCUAGAGGUCUUUCUGAGGAUCACGACUGUUUUACCAAAACGGACUGCUAUCAUUAUUUUCAUUGUCACUGCUUACUCAGAUACAUCGACUAUCAUCUCAACCACUGUGAUGAAAAUAGCGAUGACAGCAGUGCACAACAGAUUAUUUGUCCAAUGUGUCGUGAACCAAUCACCUAUGACUUGGAUGCACUCAAAUCAGCACCUGAUUUGGACGACAAUGAAGAAAAGAUUGUUUAUCAUGCUGAUGCAGAAAUGAAAAGACUUCAACGCGAGAUGUCCAAGUUAUAUAACCAACAGCUGCAGAAAGGAGCAAUCAUCAAUGUCGAGGAGGAGAAAAAUAAAGCUGUUAUCAGUCUAAAUAUGGUAAACUAUUUGAAUUCUCCAUACACGCUGAAGCAGAAAUGGGAAAUAACUGAACAACACAUUUCAACAAGUGUUUCCGAGAAGUGA